AUGGCUCCUCUCGAGCUGGUCGGCGAUCGAUUCGCAAUUCUCCCGAUCCGCAUGCCGGAAGUCCCCUCCUACCCCAAAUCAGCCAUCCACGAAAUCCGGGUCCGACGAAACGCGCCCCAAACUCCCACAGAACACGAUGACCGCAGCCUCUUCUUGAAGAAUAUCCCCACGGACAGCACCGAACCACACAUUAGGGCCGUCUUCACUAGCCUCGUCGGUGCAGGGCGCUUCGAGGGCAUCGUUUUCGAUGACGAGACAGCAGCCGCGCUCCCCAUUGACCCUGCGCACGCUACCAAAGUAGCAGGCUUCGCACGAAAACGCAAGAGAACCGACGUGGACGCCGAGGACCGAGAACGUCAAAUCGAGGCCGCGCAAUUACCGCAAAUAUGGACUCGCCGACUAUACACCAGCAGCGGAACGGCAGUCGUCUUGUUUGCCGACGAGAAGAGCGUCCAACUCGUGCUCAAGGCCAUUGCCAAGCUUCAAAAGACGAACAAGUACCCUGUCUGGGGCGAAGGUCUCGCCGAUCAUGUGCCUCCCUUGGGUGCGCCGUGGAUAUCAUCACACUUGCAGCUCUGCCGAGGCGACAAGGCCGAUACGCAGAGCGCCGUACACGCCUUCUUCAACGUCUUCAAUAACAAGGAAAAGGAGGCUGUAGAAAUGGCCCGGAGGCUGCGCAACGAACCGGACGACGAUGGCUUCGUCACCGUCACGCGCGGCGGCAGAGCUACUCCGGCAAGUCGCGCCGAGGCCGAGGAAGCGAAGCAGAGGAUGGUGGAUAGGCAGGCAAAGAAGAAGUCUGAGCUCAAGGACUUUUAUCGCUUCCAGCUCCGCGAGAGGCGGAAACUGGAGCAGGCCGCUCUCCUGAGACGCUUCGAAGCAGACAAGCGGAAGGUUGAGGUCAUGCGAGAGAAGAGGGGCAAGUUCAAACCUGAAAGAUGA